CUUUGUUCUCUGUUCUCGCGAUUUCGGAAGGGUCGUGUUUCCCUGCUUCAGUUUCAGCUUCGGCUUCGAGAAGCGUCGAUUGGGUCCUUAAGCUGUUCCUUCUCUGUUUCUGAUGACAAGCGCUUGGACAAAUAUGAGCUUUGCAAUCAAACAUAGGGAUAUAGAGAGGGAAUGGGAGAAUCGGGGUGGAGUUAUGGUUAUUUUUUUAAAAUUAUUGGAGAUUCUUGCUCACUCUCAGAAGAUGUAUGCCUGCUAAUAUACUGGAAUGGAUGAGGAGAUCAAAUUUAAUUUCAAUAUUGUUAUAGCUUUGGAGCAUCUUGGAGCAAAUGAGCAAUGGAGCUUGUGGAGCACGGCUCACCUCAAGGAUUGCUCUCUUGACAAACUGUAUAACUCCUAUCAAACAUGAGCGGUCGCUUUUCUCGCACAAUUUAUGUCGGCAACCUGCCCUCUGAUAUAAGAGAGUCAGAAAUUGAAGAUCUAUUCUACAAGUAUGGCCGUAUAAUGGAUAUUGAAUUGAAGGUUCCUCCCCGCCCUCCAUGUUAUUGCUUUGUUGAGUUUGAUAAUGCUCGAGAUGCCGAAGAUGCAAUUCGGGGUCGAGAUGGAUACAACUUUGAUGGUUGUCGGUUAAGAGUGGAGCUUGCUCAUGGUGGUAGAGGGCCAUCAUCAAGUGAUCGACGUGGAUAUGGAGGAGGAGGUGGUAAUGGUGGAGCAGGCGGGGGUCGUUUUGGCAUCUCACGCCAUUCUGAAUUUCGAGUUAUUGUUCGUGGACUCCCAUCUUCUGCAUCUUGGCAAGAUUUGAAGGAUCAUAUGCGAAAAGCUGGGGACGUGUGUUUUGCUGAGGUUUCCCGUGAUAGUGAAGGGACUUUUGGCAUUGUUGAUUACACUAAUUAUGAUGACAUGAAGUAUGCCAUUCGGAAAUUGGAUGACACUGAGUUUAGAAAUCCCUGGGCGAGAGCUUAUAUUCGGGUGAGGAAGUAUGAGAGUAGUCGUUCUAGGAGCCGCAGCAGGAGCCCCAGCAGGAGCAGAAGUCCAAAAAGAGUUAGAAGUAGAUCUCUGGAGCGUUCUGUGUCUAGGUCACGAUCUAGAUCUCAAUCAGCAUCACCAAUCAAAUCUUCUAGGCCAAGAUCACGAUCACGAUCUGGAUCUGGAUCUCCUCAUCAGGUCCUGUCAGGUAGUGGUUGAAUUUCUGACAAAGCUGGUGGUUCUCUGGUGAUAUUGUUCCAUUCUGGUGGGCAGUAUCGGAAUUAUAUUGGAGUUGGACUAAAUUGUUUUAAGGGAAAAUUAUUGAUGUGCCUAGGCUGUUUGGUGAUUGUCUUAUUUCUUUUAAAUUAAAAUGUUGGACAUUGGCCUUGCCCUUUGUACCUUAGCAAACACAAGAAUAUCUUUAGUCCUCGCAAACUGUGAAUCCAAUUUGAAUGGUUUUAAACAGAUUUAUAAAAAAAUCUCUACAUAUAUCGCAAUCAAAA